AUGAAGCGGGUGGGUCUCGUUCGAUCUCACAUUUCUCGGCGCCAGGGUUCCCGACCUGCUGCUCCCGUUGAAGCUGCUUCUCAAGCUAACCCAGCUGUUUUUGACGAUGCCAAGCAAGGUAUCGUCGAGCGAACCUUGAACGCUGCUGGCAAAUGGUACUACCAAAAUAUCCAGCCAUUCGACUUCGCCAAGCACCACGAAGGUCAAACCGGUAAUCGACUCGAUCAUACGUCCGUCACUAUGGAAGCCAAUUGCACUACUAACCCACAGAGGCUGAUCCAGGAUAAGUACGCCAAGUUAUUCACGGUCGAAGGUCUUCCCGGUUCGGGCAAGGCUGAGUUUACUUCUGGCAUCGCUGCUGGAGCUGGUCUCAAGGAUAUGGGCACUGGUGAUCUCAUGUGGGAGCUCAAUCGUCUUCGGGACUUCAAAGGAGAAAACAACCUUUACAACACCUGGAAGAUGCUCUGCGACGAAGGCCAUCAUUACUUGUCCAUGCGAAGCGUUGACCUCCAGAAGUUUUACGAGAACCCAAAAGAUCACGUCCACUCUUGCAGAAUGCAGGAUCACAUGAAGCUCCAGCGACACAUUCACACUAUGGAUUGUCUCUACCACCUUCUCACUACUGCUCAGGGUACCAUCACCAACCGAACCUACCACUCUGACUACUGUUACGCUUACGCUAUGAUGAAGAUGGGAUACCUCUCCAAGAACUACUACGAAAUGCGAUACACCGUCUCUCAAGCUGCGAUCGACGGUUCUGGAACUGCAUCUGAUCUUACUCCCCAUGUCUCUUUCUUCCUCGACAUUUCCCCUGAGGAGGCUCUUGAAAAGAUCAAAGCCCGAGGAAACGAGGCUGAAAUCAAAACUAUCACUCUCGACUUCCUCAAAUAUCUCGACGAAGCGUACCGAGGAUUCUGGGCUGAGGAUAUGCAUAACAAGGGCUGCACCGUCAUGAACGUCGACCCAUCGCGAAACACCCCCGCUGACAUCGUCGACCUUCUCGAUGAGCGAGACGAUGAUGAGAUGCGACACCCUUAUUGCCGAUGGAACUACCUUGAUGAGAAGCAGCUUCCAGGUAACAACAUGUCUGCUUACUUUGGUCCUGGCAACGCUUGGAUCACCAACUUCUUGGAAAACUACGAGUCGAUGCGAUCGCCACGAUCUGACAUUCCAUUUAUUGGCCGAUUUUUCUUCCAAGGUGGAAACCACUACGAACACGUUCUUAUUCGGGACUUGUCUAAGGGACCUCACUUUUCUUACGAAAUCAACCACACAUUCCAGCCUUGGGAUGAGCUCUCCGAGUCCAACUCUUACAAGACCAACCUCUCUUGGGUCAACAAUUACAACAUCAUGCACACACUUGCCGAUCAGGGCAAAAAGUCUCCUGAAGAAACCAGAGCCGAAUGCGGUCCAAUCAAGUACCACCCAGCUUGGCGACCAAAGGAAGCCGACUGGUUCGAUCAGGGUCAUACCGACACAACUAGAAUUCUCUUCGGCUCUUACAAGCCAUUCACGAUGCUACCGGUCGAAAAGAAAACGGGACCCUACGCAAAAUGGGGAGGACAGUAUACGAUGCUAUUCAGAGGCGGUCAUCGCGCCAAUCAUCGUCGCAUACCAGAUGUUCGAAAGAUGAACUGGGACGAUCUUGGCACCAAUCGCAAGAAAAAAGACGCAUACGAUCAGUACGCCGAGGAUAGCGAUGAUGACGAAGAAGAAAAUGCUGAGACUAAAAACAGCGAUGUGAACGACGAGGUCAAUUUCGAUCUCACUCAAGAGAUGCCCUCGUUCGAUCGAAACACGCGAUACAGUCAUCCUUCCGUAGACCAGCCGUACCGCCCAUUCAGUUACCGUCGCGGUCAGAAAACAGCGAAUCACAUCCAUCGAUACUUUUCGAGAAAUAAGCGCUACGAAGUCAAAGAACUUGAGUCAGAUCAAACCAGGAUCUUCAUUCCUACAUUUCGAAAGGGAAUGAUCAUCGGCAAGCGCCAUACAACUCGCGUAGAGAUUGAAGAGCAAUUCAAUGUAUCCCUUAAAAUCGCCCAAGGAGAAUGUGAUGAUCGGAUGACGCCUGUUAUUAUCGUUGGAACUAGCGAAGAGCAGCGCAACCUUUGCAAGGAGCAUAUCGAGGGAAUCAUUAGCGGAGUGAUCCGAAAACCACGAGAUAAAGAUCUCUCAUCUGAAUCAUCUUCUUCUGAGUCUGAGAGUGAUGAAGAAGAGCUAGAAGUGGAGGAAAGACCCGACAGACCUGAUAGAACUACCACAGACUCCGACGGCGAUCGUCCAGAAGAGAGAAUGCGAAAUCGAAAACAACACGUGCGUAAAAUACUGUACAAAGAGCACAGUACAGUUCGACGACGACCAGCGGUGGACGUCGUAGACUGGCGCAAAAACCAAGGAAAUGAUCUCAAAAUAUCUUUCAUGAGCAAGAACGAAAUGGUGCGAGAGUACAAGCCUUGCCUGAGCUUUGAAGAAGCGUUCUGGAACUUUCCCUUGAUUCUCAAGCACCUGAGCGCUCAAAAGUUCGAAAAACCGUCGCCAAUUCAAUCUCAACUUUGGCCGAUUGCGCUCUCGGGGCGAGAUGCAAUUGGAAUCUCACAAACUGGCUCUGGAAAAACCCUCGCGUUUCUUGCCCCAAUGGUCGCUCAUUGUCUUUAUGGCGGUGUUCUCACUCAUCCGGAUGUUGGAUCGACGAUCGAUGAAGAACCGACAGAGGAAGAAGGUGAAACGAGCGGAACUGACCGCGAAGAAGUCGACGAACCAUUGGUUUUCAAUAUGCAAAUCCGCGAGGACUACGAGGCAGGAGAACCGAUGGGCUUGGUAAUUGCCCCCACCCGAGAACUUGCGAAUCAGAUCAAAGAACAAGUUGAUAAGGUGUUUGGAAUACUCGAAAAAACAUCCACCAGCGGAAGAAACAAUCUCAAUACUGAUUUCUUCAGUGGCAGAGACAAUAAGCGUCCGAUUACGACAAUGUUGGCGGUCGGUGGCACUGAUCGUCGUGACGAUAUCUCGCGGCUUCAGGAUGGUAGUCCACCUACGAUCGUUAUUGGAACUCCUGGUCGUUUGAAUGAUCUUUCAGAGAUGGGAGAACUCAAGCUUCACAAAUGCACCUUUGUUGUCCUCGACGAAGCGGAUAAAAUGCUCGAUCAAGGCUUCCGUGACGACAUUGCAAAGCUCGUCGAAAGGACUAACAUGCCCAAGAAGCGUCAAAUACUCAUGACAUCUGCUACGUGGCCAGUUGAGAUCCAAAAAUUCGCAAAACAGUACAUGGGAAAAGCUGUCAAAAUCAUUGUCGGCAAGAUAGAUCUUUCCUGCGUCAAGUCGGUUACUCAGAGCGUUAUCAAGGUCAACAACGAAAGUGACAAGUUCAAAGAGCUCUGUAAAUACAUCGACGAGCUGAGGAACAGCGGUGAGAAAAAUACCGAUAUUGAGAGUGACUCUGACGACGAGACGAUCGAAAUCGUUGCAGGGGGGAAUAAUCGACGAGCUGACUCUCCUGGCCCUCGAUUGGAAGGCGAAACCAGCAGCGAUGAAGAAAAUGCGCCAGCACCACCUCGGAAUGCGGAAGGUGGCGAAGGAUGGGAUGUCCCGCGCAAUGACAACGGCUGGGGAGAGCGAAAUCAAGCAGGUGGCUGGUCCGAUAAUGAGCCAGAAGAAGGCCCUGGUGCCGCCAAUGCAACUCAUGAUAACGGAGGCUGGGAAGGACGAGGAGUCAGUGGCGGCUUUGUUUCAAGAGAGGACGAGAUUAUCAAGCGAGACUGGAAGCUGAUGGUAUUCUGUGGCCGGAAAGAUACAGUUGAUCAAGUUUAUGAUAAGCUCAAGUCAACAUACAGGCGAUUUUCAAAGGUCAUUGGAGCCAUGCACGGCGAUUUCGAACAAGUUGAUCGCAAUAGAGCUUUGAAGAAGUUGAGAAACGGUCAAACUCAAGUGAUGGUUUGUACUGAUGUGGCUGCACGUGGUAUCGACGUGAAGGACAUAACACACGUGUUCUCGUACGACCUGGCUGUCAAUAUUGAUGACCAUUGUCAUAGAAUCGGUCGAACGGGACGCGCUGGAAGACACGGCAAAGCAUGCACUUUGUUCAACGUCGCUGACAACAGAGACCUGAAAAAGGCCGAUCUCUUCUGGAAACUCCUCGUUGAAUCGACAAUGGACGGCGGCGACCUUAUGCCAGUUUCAGAAUCAAGCGACACGGAUGUGCUCAAGAAGAGAACUAUCAACAAGAAAUACACCUGGCUGCAACGACUCGCUCAAAAAACAGAUUCCAAACGCGCUAUCAUGAAAGCAGCCGGCCACACGAUCACGAAAGAAAAAUUCAAGAGUAUUUUUCGCGCGCCAGAGGAUAAACUCUGCUCAUGGGAGGACUACUUUGAACUGGCUCAACAGAUUGUACUUGCGAGAGAUCCAAAAUUGGAAACUGAAAAAGCAUUUAAUCUUAUGUCUGACGAUGGAAAAAUUGGCCCAAGAGAGCUGAGAAAAGCAUUCAAGCAACUUGGCGAGACUGUCUCAGAAGAAGAAAUCGUCGCAAUGAUCGAAGAAUUCGAUCAGGAUGGCGACGGCAAAAUCGAUAUGUCGGAGUUCUUCGAGCUGAUGAUGGGCGACGAGUUCUCAUAA